CUGCCUCUCCACUGAGCUAGACUGCCUGAGAUGACUUCCACGAUAUUUCUCCAAGCUAUCGCAGCUGGAAUAGUCCUGCUUGGGGCGUAUACUCUCCUUCGAUAUCACCGUCGAUCCUUAUCGCUUCCACCGGGUCCAAAGGGUCUACCAUUAUUGGGUAUGUUAGGGCGGAUGCCGCAGGAAGGCGCUUGGACCGUCUUCGCCAGCUGGGCUAAAAAAUACGGUGACAUGCUGCAUGUUCAAGUUCUUCAACAGCACAUCAUUAUCUUGCAUUCACUGGAAACUACAAAUGAAAUGUUGGAUAAGAAGAGUAACAUAUACUCCGACCGCCCUCGCUUGACCAUGGGUGGUGAACUAGUCGGCUGGAAUCGGAUCCUUGCACUUACACCCUAUGGCCGACUGUUUCGCCAAUACCGACGCCUGUUCCAUGGAUUGAUGGGUAACCGUGCCUAUUUGGGCGAUCUCCUUCCCAGUGCGCAUCAGGAGACCACUCGGCUGUUGCAAAAUAUCUUAGACCAACCAGACCAACUGAGACGGCACAUCAGAAGGGCCUCGACGGCAUACAUACUAAGGAUCUCCCAUGGGUAUUCUCUGAGUGACGAGCAUGAUCCCAUAGUGGAUGUUGUAGAAAAGGCGACGGGUCAAUUAUCUAUGCUCUUAGUACCAGGAGCAUUCAUGGUCGACAUCCUUCCCUUUCUGAAGCAUCUACCGCAGUGGCUGCCAAAGCUACAGUUCCAAAAGACCGCUGAGCACUGGGCACAGACACUUAAGGUCAUGGUCGACUUGCCCUUCGAAUUCGUGAAGCAACAGAUUGAUGCUCGCUGCGCCACGGUUUCCUUCACGCGCUCUGCUCUGGACAUGGAUGAAUACGAUGAAACGGUUGUCAAGUGGGCCGCUGGUUCAUUGUACUCAGGCGGCUCUGACACGACCGUCUCAACCAUAUAUGCAUUCUUUCUCGCAAUGGUGUUAUAUCCCGAAGCUCAGAGAAGGGCACAGGCGGAGAUUGACUCUGUGGUGGGUACCGACCGACUGCCAACCAUCGACGACCGCACCCACCUCCCCUACGUCGAUUCCCUGGUGAAAGAAGUGUUCCGUUGCUUCCCGGCGACGCCACUAGGUGCACCGCAUCGCCUGAUCAAAGACGACGUCCAUGCAGGGUACACGAUACCGAAAGGAUCGAUAGUGCUCGCCAAUAUCUGGUGGUUCCUGCACGACCCCAAGCGAUAUUCGGACCCGCACAUGUUCGACCCGACACGCUACUCUGCUCAACCACACAGACCCGCUGACCCUGAUCCCCUCUCCAUAUGCUUUGGUUUUGGCAGACGGUCCUGUCCUGGCUCCCUCCUAGCGGACUCCGUGGUCUUCCUUGCCUGUGCAUCGUGUCUGGCUGUUCUGGACAUACAAAAAGCAACCAAGGCGGAUGGGUCACCCAUCGAGCCGGUGUAUAGGAGCACGAAAGGAAUCAUCAGCCACCCGAUGCCAUUCGAGUGCAUGAUUCGGGCACGGUCCGAGAGGGCUGCGGCGCUGGUGCGCACAGCAGCUGCCAGUUGAAGUUCAAGACUUUAGCGCAUCAUGUGGAGUCUUCUGUACCCUGCACACUGUGGCUCGAAGUUGUAAGACAUUCGAAAGCUAUGCCCAAAUCAAAUACUCAGCACCGGAACCAAGGGAAAAUAGACUG